GCUGAUCGCUCCCUGCUGUCGUUAUUUAUAAUUAAAGCGUAUAGAACAGUUGCCAGUAAUUUUGCAAGCAAGGUUGUCUAAAGUACUUGCAACAUGACGACCUACUUCAUCUUCCCAAUAGUGUUGCUUCUAGCCUUCCCCUGUCAGGGAUUUGACAAAAACUACAAAUACAAAACCGAUAUUGCAGAUGACUGCAUCCACUCGAUUUCUACUUUGGCCAACUCUUACCAGGCGGAACGCAGUAGUCUCCUGGACAGUUACACUGGCGCUGAUGCGAAAAAGUGCAAAGGUCAACUUUCCAAACAGAACCUGGAUAGCUCUUUAACCAAGAGUUUAAAUGCCAAGGUCAACGCUGCUGAGAAAGAGGUGAAGAAAAUGGACAAUCAGGCCUACCAGGAGAAACAAAGGUGUGGUGGAGACAAAGCUUGCGUAAAAGCUGUAUAUAAAAAAUAUACAGGUUUAUUCGACGAAUGUCAGGCAAAGUGGAGUAGCGACAUCUCCGUAAUGAAAAAUAAUUCUCUUCAAGAUAUCAAGGUUUUCAUGGAAAGCUGUUUGGAUUCAUAAAACCAUAGUAAAUUUUAUAUUAUUAUCAGAA